AUGGACGUGUUGUCCCCUCCUAGAUAUCAGCGAUUCUCCACCAGACCUGGUCCGGUACCACUGUCUGGUUCUGAGCUCCCGCCUUACACCCGUCGGAACAGUCUCAUCCAGCCAGUUGCCGUUCGCCGCGACGCCACAGAGCACAUUUUUCAACUAUCGGAUGGGAAGAGCAAACCUUGGAUAACCCUCAAGGUCCAAAGCAGCGCCAAGUCUUCCAGGUCGCUACCCACAUUCUUUGAAAAGGAAAACAUCACUGGCCAACUAGAACUUUUCGCUGAAAAGGGUGAUUCGAUACAAAGUAUCAGCGCCACCGUUACUGGUCGCAUCAUCACUGGCGCGAACAUAGAGGAUUCUUUCGUAUUCCUUAGCCAGACACUCCCCAUCUGGUCAAAGUCCCCUGACACUCCCAGAGUACCUUCACCCUCAGAUGGAGCGUCAAGCUCCAAGCUUCUCGGGCAUUGCUUAUGGCCUUUGUCCAUCUCCCUCCCAAGAGCUGUCAAUAUUCCUACAGGAGCCGGAGAUAUACGUUCCUAUCGCCUCCCAGAGACUUUCCUGGAGCGCCACACGAAGGUUAGCGUUCAGUAUGAUUUAUCGGUGGUAGUUUCAAGAGGCAAGCUCCGCGCCGACAACAUUAUCAAGACCGCCUUCGGUUAUGUCCCCAGCACGAGGCCUGAUGCUCCCUCACUUCUUCGCCAGCUUGUAUAUCGAGACGCCCUUCCACUUCCAGGUCCAAGUACAGACCCAGAAGGCUGGAAAACCCUCCGGACAGUACCAGUUCGCGGCGUCAUGUUCAAGAGUCGAAGAGUCGAAGCGAGGUGUACCAUGUCGAUCGCUCAGCCAACAUGUUAUACAAGAGGGAGCGUGAUACCCUGUUAUAUGACAUUAGAAGGGUCUGAAUCACCAGUCCUUGAUGUUCUCUCCGCGCCAAGUUCCAUCGUCGUAUGUCUACGACGUCGAGUCAGGUUUUACAACAAGUCUUCUUCGUCAAGGAGGGACGUUGCCUGGAACGAAACGGUAGAAGACGUGGGUACCGCUAUUUGGUGGCCCUCCUCUAACGCCAGAAGCGAUUCUCUCACUCGGCAUCUCGAGGGGGAAAUCAGAUUGGCGAAGGACCUGAGACCCACAUCAGAAAUGGGCCAUUUCAGUAUCUCUUACGCCGUUGUCCUAUGCCCAUUCGAGGCCGCCAAUUACACUUCAGAGGCCUCCGUCCUCCUUUCGGAACAGGUGGAAAUCGCCACCAUGUAUGCAAAAGGCCCCCGGCCUCAUGCUUACUCCCCUCCCGCUUAUGAUCCUACUCCACGACGAAAUGACGAGUUUCAUGCUCCUCUGGCUCUCAACUCAUUUAUCCAUAUAUGAACUCACAUCACUUUUCUUUUGACAUCGCUAACCAGUGCUUUCCAUGUAACCUAUUGCUAUCGAUGCAGCUUGUCCACGCCUGGGCGCGGUUCAGUACCACUCUUUUACUCGUUGUAGCUCUACCCUCUUAUCUUUUAGGACCACAUUUGUACCUACCUACCCAUCAUUUUGUCGUUCACUCCUUUAUUAUUAUACCAACUAAUUGUAUUUGAUACCCUUUUUGUUAUGCCAGGGCUCUAUGACUUCAUAGGCACAUUUCCGAUGCACAAUGAAAGAGGGUAUAUUUCGUUCACCC